AUGGAGGUGUUUGACAGGGAGAAUCUGGGAGGUAUCCCUUAUGCUCUGCGACAAUGUGAGCGCAUGAGUCUCAACGUGUCGCUGGAGCUGGAACUGCGGGCAUCUCUCGAGGAGCAAAGAGUUCGAGAGCUAAAAGAAGCAAUCCAAAAGAACGACAGGAUCACCACUGUCAAGUUUAAUCUACAUGGUCAAUGGGAGGAGAUUCCACCUCUGAAUCGACAGGCCGUGGCAGCCCUGGUAAACGCGGUAGAACGGCUUCCCAACCUGACAGAACUCGUUAUUGCGGGUGACUUUGCACCAAUCCCCGCCAUUACAAGUUUGCUGCUCUGUGCUACCCGUCUCAAAACUAUGAGGCUCGAACAGUUCCGCAACCUAAAGUCCUGUGACACUCAGGUCCUCAAGGCACUCUGUGAUGCUGUCCGAGCGCACAGAAGUCUUCAGAACCUGACGCUCCAACCCCGCAUAGCCUCCUCCUCAUCCGCAAGAUGUGAGCCACAGGAAGAAUACCUGAUACGCCUCUUGGUGGAAGCCCUAGCGGAUGGACCCGCAUUGGUUUACUGCAACCUAGAAACCAAUGUACACGUCCUGACAGGACCCUCCGUGGUCCAAUUGUGCCGUUCCAGAUCGCUUACCAAACUGGAACUCUGUCCAAGAGGGGAAGUGGGGGUGGACGUGCUCGAGGCUCUGGCCGUCAAUUCACACCUCAAAGAGCUCGUCGUUACGUGUACAUUCUCCGAACAAUCUACCGCAGCUGUCACGCAAUUACUUCAUACCAAUACAUCGCUCAGCACACUCACUCUCAUCUCCAACUCGUCGACUACAAUAAACCAAGCCAGUCAUACCGAAGCCAUAGACGCGUCGCUCCUUUUGAUUGCCGAGGCGCUCCGAACCAAUACAACCCUAUCUCACAUGACCGUACCCAGCGGGAACCCGUUACCCACUAUAAGGACGCUUCAAGCCUUUGUCAGCGUCUUUGAGACCAACUUUACCCUACACACAUUAGAAGUCUUUCAUGACAUGACCAAGAUCCAACGCAUAUGCUUUGAGGAAAUUGACCGCAUCAAAGAUGAAACCGCCAAGACAGCUCUGAUGCUGGGCAAACGAAUCGAGUACUACACAUUGCUGAAUCGAAGUGGCCGCGGCGAUCUAUUGGGCAAUGCCACGGUCCAUCGAGACCAGUGGGUGGACAAGUUGGUCGAGUUUAGUUACAGUGUGGAUCGCCUCUACUUUUUCCUUCGGACCAAUCCAACGCUGUGUAGUAUCGACACUAGAGAAGUUGACCCUCGUCAGAGCACCAUAUCGCCCAAGAGCGCUGCACGAAAGAGGGGUAGAGUAUACAGCUAG